CGCUGACAUGGGCGGCCGGCCCCGCCAAGCCCACCGAGGGGAGCGCGCCGCCGCGCCCGCCGCGCGCUCGGGGAGCCGGAGACCCAGCCCUAUGACCUCGCUGUUGACGAGCCUUCCACCCGCUGGACUGGGACUACUGAUCUGACCCCCCCCCCCGCCCCCUGGCGUCCGCCUGCGGCCAGAGAGCACACGACCUGCCCCGCCCCGCGGCCCACCCCGCCCCAGCACCAUGCCGAUCCUCAAGCAGCUGGUGUCCAGCUCGGUGCACUCCAAACGCCGGUCGCGCGUGGACCUCACCGCCGAGAUGAUCAGCGCGCCGCUGGGUGACUUCCGCCACACCAUGCACGUGGGCCGGGCCGGGGAUGCUUUCGGGGACACCUCGUUCCUCAACAGCAAGGCCGGGGAGCCCGACGACGGCGAGUCUCUGGACGAGCAGGCCUCGGCCGCGUCAUCGUCCUCAUCCAAGCGCAGCCUCCUGUCCCGGAAGUUCCGGGGCAGCAAGCGGUCCCAGUCGGUGACCCGGGGGGACCGGGAGCAGAGGGACAUGCUGGGUUCCCUGCGGGACUCGGCGCUCUUCGUGAAGAACGCCAUGUCCCUGCCCCAGCUCAACGAGAAGGAGGCCGCGGAGAAGGGCUCCGGCAAGCUGCCCAAGAGCCUGUCGUCCAGCCCGGUGAAGAAGGCCGAGGAGGCCGGCGGGGAGGAGGCGGGCGCCCGCCGGAACGGGGCCGCGGGCCCCCCCGCCCCGGACCCCGUCCUGGAGGAGCAGGCCUUCGGGGACCUGACGGAUCUGCCCUUCGUGCCCAAGGCCAGCCACGGGCUGAAGCACGCCGAGUCCAUCAUGUCCUUCCACAUCGACCUGGGGCCCUCCAUGCUGGGCGACAUCCUGAGCGUCAUGGACAAGGACGAGUGGGACCCCGACGCCCAGGGCGGUGGCGGCUACCGGGACGAAGAGGAUGAGCCAGGCCUGGGCGUCGGGGGCGCGCUCCUGACCCCCGCUGCCGGGGCAGCCCCUCCCCUGGGGAGGCCGGAAGACAAGGCCGCGCCCGACCUGGCCGCCUCCGUGCCCGCCUUGCCCCCGCACGCCGCCCUGGAGGAGGAGGAGGAGGGGUGGGCAACGGCGGCCCCCAGCCCCAGCUCGGCCCGCAGCGCGGGCAGCCACACCAUGCAGGACAGCAGCUCCCUGUCCAGCGGCACCUCGGGCGUCCCGGAGGAGCGCAGCCCGGCCUUCCGGGGGCUGGACAGGGCCCGGGCCGCGCCCCCGCGGCAGCCAGACAAGGAGUUCUCCUUCAUGGACGAGGAGGAAGAGGACGAGAUCCGUGUGUGAGGCCGGCUGGAAGGAGCCCCCCCCCCUUCACACAGCUCCGGGCUGUACCCGAGUCCUGCCUCCACACCCCAGUGUGUGACCCUUUGACCACAAAGCCUCGGCCUCCCACGGGUGGACCUCGCGGAUGAGGGGUGCCGGCUGAGACCGCCCCCCCUCGCCCCAAGGAGAGCUUGGGAGAAUAGCAUUGGUGCUGACUGGUCGCCUGACUUUGGGGCACCCCACGCCCACCCUUCAGUGCCUGCGGCCCAGCAAGAAUCCUCCUUCUGGCCUCUUCCUCUGGCCUGGCCUCAAAUGGAUGCUAGAUGUCAACCCGGGCUGUGGACCCUUGGCUUCCUUUUCUCUCCCAGAGUCCAUGGUGCCCACCAGGGAAAUGUGGGCAGCAGGGGGCAGAGGUGGUCACAGGCCACCAGCCCCUCCCUUCUCCACCCCCAGCUGCCUCACUGGAAACCAGCUGCCCCUGGGGAUUGGGCCUUGACCUAAAGAUCCCUGUCAACACUAAAUGUCACCCGCCCCUUCCAGGAGAGAGGACAGGAGGGGGGCAGUUCCCAGGUCCCUGGAUUUUCGAGAAGGGGCCCUUCCAGGGUAACAAGACUACAAUCCUGGGCACUGCCCUGGGGGUGUGUCUGUUCUUUAUUAUCUGUGUUUAAAUCUGAGUAGAGCAAUGUUCACAACAGCAUUAAUUAGAUCCACCACCAGGAGAAGGGGGUCCUCGUAGGAAACCUUUAUACUAAGUCUCUCUCCUCUUGGAAAUUCACAGUAACUGUUUGUAUACUCAAGUCUAGUGAUGGCCCCCUGAACUAUGAGGGCUGGGUACCCACAGUUUUUGUGUUCCCCUCCCUAGCUGAACGAGGCCUGUGUAGAAAAAUUCUGGAAAAUUCUAGUUGUUUAAAAACCUAAUAGAUCCUUUGUAGAGUCUGGGAACAGGGAGGGUGGGGGCCGGGGAUAGGGCACUGCCUGGACUCCCAGGUCCAUCUCUUCCCCCACCCUGUGGCAGGCCCUUCCUCUUCUCUGCCCCUCCCCACUGCUGCUAAGACCAGUGCCCCAAGGGAGGGUUGCCAGAUUUAGCACGCACACACACAAACACACAAGAUCAGAAGCCUGGGUUUAAUUUGAAUUUCAGGUAACAAAGGAUCUUUUUUUUUUUUUCUGUUACUGCGUCCCAUGCAAUAUUUUUGUUUAGAUUUUUUUUUGGG